CGGCGUCUUCUGGGACCUGUCAUGUCCACAGUCUCCUUGUCAUCCCUUGUACUGUCUGCAGUCUUUGGUCAUCUCCUGUACUGUUGGCAGUCUCUGGUCAUCCCCUGUACUGUCUGCAGUCUCUGGUCAUCUCCUGUACUGCCUGCAGUUUCUGGUCAUCUCCUGUACUGUUGGCAGUCUCUGGUCAUCCCCUGUACUGCCUGCAGUCUCUGGUCAUCUACUGUACUGUCUGCAGUCCCUGGUUAUCCCCUGUACUGUGUCCGCAGUCUCUGGUCAUCUCCUGUACUGUGUCCGCAGUCUCUGGUCAUCUCCUGUACUGUGUCUGCAGUCUCUGGUCAUCUCCUGUACUAUGUCCGCAGUCCAUUGGUUCAGAAUAUUUUUUUUCUUGUUUUUCUCCUCUAAAAUGUAGGUGCGUCUUAUGGUCA